AUGAGCACGUGUUUGUACCAAAUUCCCUGUGGCGUAAGAGGCAUCUCUGACUCAGUGCUUGUGGCCUUGGCCCUGGGGACCACUCUGCCGCUAGAGCUCUGCAGCUGUCUGUGACGGUCACCUGCCGUCCUGAACGGCCCGCUCGGCCCCGUGGCUGUGUUGGUCUGCGGGUUGCUGCGCGCUCGGUGCGGCGCCUGCCCCAGCCCGGUCCUCACGGCAUUCGGCUGUUUCCAGCUCACGCCAUGGGAGAGUUCCGCUUUCUGUUGCUGUGAACGUGGAGAAUGCUCGAUGAACUGUUGCAUUCAGGAGACUGCCCCACUCUCGGGAUUGUCGUCUGGCAGAUGUGCUGACUCCCUCUGGCGUCUCCACGCCCCAACAUCCUCUCCUUGCAGGAGUUAACCACCACCUGGCUUCAGGGAUGGUUAUUUCCUUGGUUUUCUUCGCAGUUUUACCUCUGUGAAACUCGGCCAGAAGUCAUGGCAUCCAAACCCAAGCUCUAUUACUUCUGUGGCAGGGGCAGGAUGGAGUCAAUCCGCUGGCUGCUGGCCGCAGCUGGAGUGGAGUUUGAAGAAGAAUUUCUUGAAACAAGAGAACAAUAUGAGAAACUGCAGGAGGACGGACGCCUGCUUUUUGGCCAAGUGCCUCUGGUUGAAAUUGACGGGAUGACGCUGACGCAGACCAGAGCCAUCCUCAGCUACCUGGCUGCUAAGUACAACCUGUACGGGAAGGACCUGAAGGAGAGAGUCAGGAUCGACAUGUACGUGGACGGGACCCUGGACCUGAUGCUAACGAUCGCGCUGGCCGCAUUCAGCGCCCCCGAGGACAGAGAGAAGGCCCAAGCUUCAAUCGUGCAGAAAGCUAAAACCCGCUACUUCCCCGCCUUUGAAAAGAUUUUGAAAGACCAUGGAGAGGAUUAUCUCAUUGGCAACAAGUUCAGCUGGGCCGACAUUCAGCUGCUGGAAGCUAUUCUAAUGGUGGAAGAACUUGACGCUCCUGUCCUUUCGGACUUCCCUCUGCUGAAGGCAUUUAAAACAAGAAUCAGCAACAUCCCCACUAUUAAGAAGUUCCUGCAGCCUGGGAGCCCAAGGAAGCCACCCCCAGACCGCCACUACGUGGAAACCGUCCGGCGCGUCCUGCAGUUCUAAGGGCGCAGGGUUCACAGGCUGUACCGGCGCAGGCCCACUACCACGCGGGACACAAGGAACCUGGAGGCAGCAAGGGUGAAGAGUUUGAAGGGAAGAAACCGCUCUGCCAUCGGCGAUAAUGCCAAGUAAAUGCGAUAUGAAGCCGUG